GACCUCCGAAGAGGCAAUAAAAAGCCCGGGGUCUGUCUCCGAGAGGACAGCAGGAGAGGGCUUCAGGAUGUCCGUACCUGGAAGCUUCGCGGUGCUCCGUGUUUUGUGGCUGCUCGCCGUGUUUGACACGGUGUUCCCGCUGGACGGCGGCAUGCUCUUUCCCCGGGAGUCCUCCUCCAGAGAGGUGAAGGAGCUGAACGGGCUCUGGCAUUUCAGGGCUGACAGGUCCCCGAAGAGGAACGAGGGCUUCGAGAGGGCUUGGUACAACCGGUCCCUGGCAGAGACUGGCCCGGUGAUUGAAAUGCCAGUUCCUGCCAGCUACAACGACAUCACGCAGGACCCCACGCUGAGAGAUUUCAUUGGCUGGGUGUGGUACGAGCGAGAGGUGGUCGUGCCUGCCCGCUGGAUCGCUGACGAGGGAACACGAGUGGUUCUUAGAGUGGGAAGUGCUCACUAUUAUUCAGUAGUGUGGGUGAAUGGUGUGAAAGUGACAGAGCAUGAAGGUGGCCAUCUUCCUUUUGAAGCAGAGAUUGGCAGUUUAAUCCGCAGAGACCCAACCGGGCCGUGCAGAAUCACCAUUGCUGUCAACAACACUCUGACUCUGGAGACCCUUCCUCCAGGCACCAUCCAGUACAUGAAUGACUCCACCAGGUAUCCUGAUGGGUAUUUUGUGCAGAACAUCAACUUUGAUUUCUUCAACUAUGCUGGGAUACAUCGUCCCGUACUGUUGUACACUACUCCUAAGGUGUACGUGGAUGACAUCACAGUGGAGACUAACUUCAUGGAUAACACUGGUCUACUCAGAUACAAAGUAUCUGUUAAUGGAGGCGGCAACAACACCCUGAAUGUUGCACUGAUUGACAAAGAUGGCCACCGUGUGGCCUCCUCCAACAAGCCAUCUGGAGUGCUCAGAGUGGUAGAUGUGAAACUGUGGUGGCCAUACUUGAUGCACGAGAAUCCAGGCUACCUUUACUCUAUGGAGGUCCACCUAACUGCAGUCAGUGAGUCAUCAGCAUAUGAGGAUGUGUACACUCUGCCAGUCGGCAUCCGCACAGUCAACGUUACCAGCACCCAGUUCCUCAUCAACAACAAGCCGUUCUAUUUCCAUGGGGUCAAUAAGCAUGAGGACUCUGAUAUUCGAGGUAAAGGCUUGGACUGGCCCCUAAUGGUCAAGGACUUUAACUUAAUGAAGUGGUUGGGGGCCAACUCGUUCCGUACCAGCCACUACCCCUAUGCUGAGGAGAUCCUGCAGAUGUGUGAUCGCCAUGGCAUUGUGGUGAUAGAUGAGUGCCCAGGGGUGGGCAUCAAAGACAUUCGCAGUUUUGGAAACGCCUCUCUCUCCCAUCACCUGGUUGUCAUGGACGAGCUUGUGCGUAGGGACAAGAACCAUCCCUCUGUGGUCAUGUGGUCAGUAGCCAAUGAGCCUGCUGCAGAGCUGCUACCUGCUAAAUUUUAUUUCAAGACUUUGAUAAAGCACACCAAAGCUCUGGACCAGACCCGACCCGUCACCUAUAUCACAAUGACUAACUAUGACAGGGACCAAGGGGCUCCCUAUGUAGAUGUAGUGUGUGUAAACAGUUACUUCUCCUGGUACCGUGAUUCAGGCCACCUGGAGGUCAUUCCCAUCCAACUCAACACUCAGUUUGAGAACUGGUACAGAAAGUACCAGAAACCCAUCAUCCAGAGUGAAUAUGGAGCAGAUGCAGUGGCAGGGCUUCACACAGAUCCACCUGUGAUGUUCUCUGAGGAGUACCAGAGUGCUCUCCUGCAGAGCUACCAUGAUGUGUUUGACCAGAAGAGGAAGCAGUAUGUCAUUGGUGAACUGAUCUGGAACUUUGCUGACUUCAUGACUACACAAGGAAUCUUUCGUGUGGUUGGGAACAAGAAGGGUAUUUUCACAAGGCAAAGGCAGCCCAAAGCAUCAGCCUUCAUCCUGAAGAGGAGAUACUGGAGACUGGCUAAUGAGAUGUUUUCUAAUUAAUACCCUAGUUCAAAAUGGGAUGAUGUGUGAAAUAUAAAUGAAAACAGAAUGCAAUGAUUUGCUAAUCUCUAAAACUAAACCUCCAUUGUAUUUAUAAUCAUUUUAAAAUAACAUUAAAUGAAGUUUUAUGCACUGAUCAGCCAGUUAAUCAAUUUUUAGCUUUUUUUCCCCCCAUGACAUGAUUGUUGACAGAUAAUACUCUGUAAUACUGUGUUUUUGCACUAGCUGUUAGUUUUCUAUAGCAAUCCAAUAAACAUCAGUGUUGUC